UCAUGAAAUUAACUAGGUUUAUAUGGCUGAAAUUCAUAAGAAGUACAAUUACAACCCCGAUUACAUUGUUUUGAAUAUACACCGAACGAAAAUACCGAAGACAAAGUUACAAAAUUCAACAGUUCAAGUUCAAUAUGAUAAUUAAUUAGUCCUUUUAUCUCGACGACAAGGUCUCACAUUUUUUUAUUUAGCUAGCUAUGUCAUUGACUGUACUUAUUCUUGGAUACCUUGCGACCCCACCUACACACAGUAAUGCAUCUUGAAAGCCUUUACGAAGGAAACAACUACCCAGGAGACAAUGGAUCAUCCCCAGAGGCACCACCCCCUUGGAUGGACAUGGAAAAGUUUAAACGCGGCCAACGAUUUUUCUUGGACCAUGUUUCUAGUAUAACACUCUCUAUGUUCUGUUCACUUUUGAGUGGAUUAAGCAUCGUGAAUUUGCUGGAGCCUCUUGUAUUCACACGGAAAUCUGAUACCCCAGCCAAAUCAAUGGCAAGAUAUGACAGCACAUUUCGGCACUUGGUUCUCUGGGCUAUGGGAGAUCCAUGGGACGUAAAUGACAGUGCGCAUAAGUCACUAAUGAUGGUUCGCAAAAUGCAUAGUAGUAUAGGGGAAUCCAUGACCAAACGUCUUGGUGAUAAACAGUAUAUUUCUCAAUGUGACAUGGGACUUGUACAAAGCGGAUUCAUGGGAGCAGUUGUUAUGUACUAUGAUAAAUACAUUGGUCAGUGCACUAAAGAAGACUUGGAGGAUUAUGUGUUCUACUGGCGGGGUAUUGGUUACCUCCUUGGCAUUGACGACCAAUAUAACAUCUGUUCUAAUGGCUUAGAAGAGUCCACUGCAAUAUGCAAGGAGAUUGAACGGAAGCUUUUGCUACCUGCAUUAGAAAACCCGCCAAAGGAUUUCCAGAAAAUGCUUGAUGCUUACAUCACAGGAAACAAUCUAAUUCCAGGGUUUCAGUUCAUUUCUGAGCGAGGCACCAUGGCCUUCAUAUAUGCUGUUAUGGGUGUGGAAUGCCCCUACAUAUUAUCCUGGCCUGACACAUUCAGAUGCUGGUUCUUUAAGUUGUUUAUGUUUCAUCUGAGAUGGUGCCCAGGGUUUGCCACAUUUUUGAAUGGAAAAAUCAUUAAGUUUGCCCCUUUAAAAACAAAGGUAGACGAAGAUGGUAAAUGGCUUAAUGUUCCUGAUUUUAAAGCUCUCCAGGAGAAGUAUUAUAAAAAGCAAGGCAUUAAAGCUGCAUGACUUACAAACAACCAAAUCCUUGGUUGUGUUGCACUUCUUUAAACAGAGAGUUUCAACUCUCUUUGAUAAUGUUUUGAUCUUGACUUCCUUAAUCCAGUUACCCAAUCAGAAUUGCAUUAACAGAAUUUAAUGCCUUCAUAAGGUACCUUUUUAUUCAAACUCGUAUAAAAGACCAUCAUGACACAUAUUCUUGGAGUUAUUUAUAUAUGUUAUGCCAUAUUUAUAUUAAUAUUUAUAUAGCUUAAUCAGAGUAUAGUAGUCAUUACUUCUAUUUUCCAGACCUCAGGGUAAUUAUUAUCUAAUUCUGUAUCAUAUUUUUAAUUGUCUUACACAUAUAAAGUGAAAAUUUGGUUGGUCAACUAGUGUCAUUGUAAAUACUGUAUGUAAAGUCAACGUAUCUAUCUACAAACAUGAAUCAGAUUGACCCAUUAUGUUUUGCUGGUGUGCAGCAAUUCUUGGUAUGUAAUGAAUUUUAAUUUGAAAUAAAUCAAUAAAUGUCAAAUUACAUUUAUUGUGAAGGGGUUCAGAAAUUUUAUUAGUCAUGUUUUGAGACAGAAUCAAAAUAUUGACUUGGCCCCUUAUCAUUAUGAAAAUAUCAAUAUCAAGAUUGAAAACAGUUUGAUUGUGCCAUAUAGGUCCAUGAUUGUGCUAAAUGUGUGUAGUCCUCAUGUGCCAUACUCUUAGUUAGGUUACUUUUAUCAUUGAUAAAUCAAAUUAAAAGAUAUAUGUCAGAUUGUAUUAUCCUCAGACCUUGCCCUCUUAACUACAGUAUGAUAAGGCAGUACUUUACUUCUACU